GUAGUUAGAGCACUUCAAGUUGUUGAAGUAAUUGUUUGUAUUGGAAUAAUAAAAAAAAUUUACUGCCUCCCGUCAAGCCAAUUGAAAUUUACACCAAAAUUAUUUUUUUAAAUACUCAAUACCGAUUUUGGUGAAGAAGGGGAAGAAUUCUUCACGCGGAUGCAAUGCAGUCACGUUCUUUCGCCCGUCAGUUGCAUCCCGGCGUUAUAAUAACUCAAGAGCUCAAGAUGAAAAUGUUUAACUUUGAAUCGCUUAACCGCGAGAAAGCCCAGCUGGAGACUGACAUCGAGCAAAUUCGCAAGCAACAAGACUCCAUUGAGGAUCAGCUCGCCGAAGCGCUGGCCGAAGAUGAGUUCCAGCGCUGCUUAAAUGGCCAGAUGAUGGUCACUCCCAAUGACGAUGAAAUGAUGGAGGUAUUCAAAAAGAAUUUGGGCACCACCAUUGACAAACUGGCCAGCAAAUACGAGCGCAAAAUUUACUUGGACGUUGAUCUUCAAAAGCUCAAGAUGACCAUUGAAAAAGAAAUUAUGAAAGUCAACGAGGAGGCAGCGGCAGCCGAGACUGCUAGUGCCUAGCACCACAACUCAACACACAGUAAGAGGCGCAACACUAGGCUAUAUAUUGGAUUAACAAAAUCAAAUUUUUGUUGCACUCUUCACACCUACCAAGCCAGACUAACGUUUUGGUACAGAUUCUCACUUCAAUUCCAUUCAAGUUUUAUCCUGGUGUCUCACUUUUAAUCCGAUUGCUUGCCUAAUUUAAUUUAUUUUUUAAAUUUUAAAUUUGUAAUUUUUUUGUAGUUACAAUAACAGACUUCUCUCUAUUGUUCUUAGCUGCUGGCUCUAAUCAAAUAAACCAUGCAAAGAAAAAAAAA